GGUGGGCAGAAAAAGAAUUGAACAUGAUGAAGCUUUUCUUUGAUAAUCUAGUAUACUACAUUCAAGCUGUCAGAGAAGGAAGACAAAAACAUGCACUGUAUAGCCAUAGUGCCGAAGUUCAAGUUCGACUUCAGUUCUUGACUUGUGUAUUUUCAACUCUGGGAUCACCUGAUCAUUUCAGGUUAAGUUUAGAGCAAGUUGACAUCUUGUGGCAUUGUUUAGUAGAAGAUUCUGAGUGCUAUGAUGAUGCACUCCAUUGGUUUUUAAAUCAAGUUCGAAGUAAAGAUCAGCAUGCUAUGGGAAUGGAAACCUAUAAACAUCUUUUCCUGGAAAAGAUGCCCCAGUUAAAACCUGAAACGAUUAGCAUGACUGGCUUGAACCUGUUUCAGCACUUGUGUAACUUGGCUCGAUUGGCUACCAGUGCCUAUGAUGGUGGUUCCAACUCUGAGGUAUGACUUAUAGACUUA